GGUGGACACCUCCCGCGCGGAGCUGCUAGACAGGCGACCGGUCGCGGGCUGCGAGGACGUCUGCAUGGAACACCCGACGACGAACGCCAGCUACACGGGCGAUCGCGGAUGCAGGUACAUCUACAUGGCCGCCUGCAACGACGUGGGCACCUCCUCGCCCAUGUCUGGCUGGGCGAGGGUGGACCUGGAGAGUGGUCGCGUACAGCGCUGGUGGGCAGGCAGCCGGUGCUUCGCCGACGAGCCACGCUUCGUGCCGAGGGUGGGCCCCAGGGGCACGUGGACCCCUGGCGCCCCCGAGGGCGCUGAAGACAAUGGUUGGAUUAUCGGCGUGCUUGCGGACAUCGCUCGCGGCCGCAGCUGCCUCUGCGUAUUCGACGCAGCGCGGCUGGACGACGGUCCAGUGUGCAGGGCGUGGCUGCCGAGUGUGCUUCCACAUGGGUUGCACGGAUCCUUCGUGUCAGCUUCCAGAUGACCAUCAGCAUCAGAUAGUGUUGAUCAAUGCCGCCGCUGCCGUCAGAUUCCGCCAGUUUGUCGAUCGUCGCCGCAGCCACCAUGCCACAUUUUGUCAUAGGAGCGCGUCGUUGCGUAAGUGCAUCAUGAUUUGUUGCACAUACUUGUCUCGUUGUGCC